UUAAAUUUACUUCAGUUCAUUUCAUCAUUCGUGAUUGUGCGUGCAGCGGAGCUGAUUUAUCGGAAUCCCCUCUGCAAAGAGUGUAAUUAAGUGGCUUCGAAUCGAGUGAUAGAACACUUGAAGAUAACCGCGCAACCACUGCGCGCGAUAACCGCCGAGAGUGCUGCGAUCACAACAGCGCGCGCGCAGGUCACAGUCGUGACCGCGGACAAGGCCCGGACAACUCGUUUGCCGAACCCGUCAGCUGAUUUCGGCCAUUCGCAUCGCAUAUCACACAACAUAACUAUGGCGUCGCUGGACUACUCGCAGCUUCCGAUCACGGAAAAGCCUCUCUUCACUCCGCCUGUUGAGGAAGUCGUAGAUGUCCUCUCCCGCGGGCUGAAAUCCAAUUUCGCGACGGUGGAGGUGUCGGCGGCGCCGUGCCCCGACCUCACGCAGCCGCCUUUCUUCCUCACCUCGCCUGGUUUGACUGGCAACGAGAAGCUGGUGGAGAUCGGCGGACCGCCGUACCUGGUGCCGCGCGUGCAGCGCGACAAGCUGUACGACCUGGCGGCGCUGCUGCGGCACCUGCGGCGGGACCCCGCGCUGCUGGCCGGCGCCGGCGCCGGGCCCUGGCCGCACAUCGACGUCAACUGCGAGGGCAUAAUAAACCUGAGCGUGCGCAACGGUACUGUAGAACAGGGCACGCGAAUCGUGUCGGUGGAGCCGGUGGGCGCGCCCAAGGGCCAGAGCGGCUACCUGCAGCGCCGGCUGCCGGCCAGUGAGACCAGGACUGCGUUGCUCGGCAACUACCUUCUUAGCGACGGUCUCCCCGGACAGGUGAUCAAGGUUGUCGCCAAAAAGCGAAUUGGAGAAGCCAAUUUCAUCACGUCGAUAAGAGAAACUUUGAAGAAGCACUAUGGUGAUAAAGUCGUGGGGCUGGGAGGUACGUUCGUGCUGCGCGCGGGCAAGGUGAAGCACCACGUGAUGCCGGACUUCUCGCGCGCGGCGCUGUGCUCCGACGCCGACGUGGACGCCUGGCUGCACUACUUCGACAUGCGCGCGCCGAUUGUACAUGUCGGCACGCUCGUCACCGGCGACCUGGGCCUGGACCUGCGCGUGCAGCACUUCCACGGGUUCAGCGAGCACGGCGACGGCGGCCACUACCACUACGACGUGACGCCCGACGCCGCGCACUACGAGGCCUACUUCGUGCUGGCGCGCGCCGUCGUGCGCGUGGACCCGCCCGCCGACACGCACUCCAUGGGCCGCGACUGACGCCUGACUGAACUGGCCACCUCCGCUCGUCGACUGCUCCUCCAUCAAUCAAUUUAUGACCGAAGCGUGCCGGCCUUUUGAAUUAAACUGAUAUUUUUUUCUCAGACUGCUCCAAAGGUACGUAAGCGAUCCACGAGUUCCUGAUCAAAAUACGAGCCAUAAGGCUGGUUUUAGUGUCACGCGGACCGUCCGGUGCGGACCCGGUGCUAGGGACCGGUUCCUCCGGACUGCAUUACUUUAAAACGCUCCCUAGAAGUUCAUACAGAAUGGCCGUGCGGAGCGAUCCGUACUGACAGUCCGCGUGACACUAAAACCAGCCUAAGAAAUGAAACGCACAUUACAGUGUAACGAUUUUAUUUAUUUUGUUCAUUCGUACGAUAAUGGAAUAAAAUAAUUUUAAUUACAAAAAAUAUGGCUUCUAUUUACAAUAUCCGAUGGGGGAAUUGUUGCGGACUUUUUUUCGGAGCAUUGCGGCUACCUCUUUGCCAUUUAUUUACUGUCGCACACGCCAGCGCAGCGUUCACAUCUCGCUGCGAGAAGAUUCGACCGAACCAGUGUGUAGCCAGCGAGCGCGAUGGCGAUCAGAUGUCGUGUAUGAAUUUGUAGCGAUGAGUUCACAUCUAUGCCCGCGCAGUGAUCGCCAUCACAUACAUAUGGUUUGGCCGAAGCUUUAGAAGGAUGGAUAGACGCGAAAACGGCCCAAAGUUAGCUUCGCUGGUACGGAUGCGAUACGGUUUGAAAUAAAUUUUAUGGAGAUAUAAAUACUGUGAUAUUAUAAUCACGUGAAAUACAUAGUCUGUACGCGCAAGAGUAUCUCUUCGAAGGGAGAGGUGCGUAUUUAAAUAGCAUAAUUUUAUUUGAGCUCUUAGCGUGAAAUUCCUGCGGGUACAGAAGGUACUACAUACAUUAAUUUAAACAUGCACCUUUUAUAUUAUUACAUAGGGGGGGAGAAAGUGAACCUAUGUAAUUCCUUAAUAAUUUUAUAAAACAGCUCAUUUUCUGUGUAAAGUAAGGAACUACAUAGCUUCAUAUUCAAUUUGUCUUCGCAUAAAUUAAUUUCUUGCACCAUAAAAUACUAAUAAUAGAAAAGACAUUACAACUUUAAAAUCACAAAAAGGAGUAAAAUAUGUAUUUUAUCGAAAAUCAUCAUAAAAUAUGUAUCAAUAGAGGAUUUUCAAACGCAAAUAAUCAGUAAUCAAUAUACAUAAUAAAUCUUAAAUUACAUGAGACACCUAAGUGAUACAAAAAUAAAGUAUUACACAGCCCGUGUUGUUGCUAGCAAUCUACGAGUAAGGUUUGAGACUAACCGAGACGUCGGUGGCCGGCAGAUUACUGGCGCUUUAGUGAAAGAUUCAAAGCUUUGCUAGUCGCCUCCCUCACUGAAGUGCCAAUAAAAAGUUGGACACAAGUCUUCAUAAUUCUAUCACUUACUUUUUUUUUUUGCUUUAUCUUAAGCUUUUAAUUCUUUCACAGUCGUAAACAUACAAUGAUAAACAAUUUUGAAUUAAUAAAAAGAGAAUUCCAAAAUAUGCAUUACUAAUGAUAAAAUAUGAUAUGUAAAAAUAAUUAUGUAGAGAUUUUGCGACUUAUAAAUUAAUAUAAUAAAGCGUUUUGAGUGCAAUAAUACAUAGACGUUAAGGAAAAUAAUUUUAAGCUCAAGGUUUUUUUACAUCACUAAUAAUAAUUAUGGUUACGCAUUUUUUGUAUUUGUCGCUAAAUGACCUUUACGCGAAUAAGGAUACGCGCGUCCCCUUUCGAACACGCAGGAACGAUUCCGAUUGUGUUAUGUACUAUUACAGUUCAGACCUAAUAUGAGUAACAUGCAUAUUUCGGGAAUAUUGCGAAAAUUCCCGAAUAAUGGGAUUUUUAUUGUAACAUGUUGCACAUGUCCAAAACUAGAAAGCCUACUAUGAAGGAACUGCGCGUUGUAAGUAUUGAAUCGGAGAAGAGCAACACCCCGAUCGACAAUUUUUUGAUGUUUGUUUACUCUCACUCGCACUUGUAUACGAAAGUGAAGGAGAGCAAAUUUUUUUACACUUCAGAAGCAAAAAUUUAGUGCGUUGUAGUCGGCAAGACGCAUUUGUGUAGCUUUAACGCCUCGUAUGCCUGCUGAGCAUUGAUCGACAAGACACAAUGGCAUUCGCAUUGUUGUCCGGAAUCUCAGCAUACUAAGUAUAAAUUACGAGUCGCUUAAUAGUUAAGUAAUUAAGCACUUUUUAAUAUUCAGAAUUUUAGACGAUAAAUCAGUUAAUAAAUAGAAAACAUUAUUGUAGCGACUCGGGGGAAUUUUUGCGUACAUGGUGUGUUUCACCGCAACGUUU